AUGUGUCAGACGCGAUCAGACAUUCUAAACGCUUCGCAACGUGAAUUGGUCCACUGUCUCCGUGUUCUGGUGGCCACACGCGGUGCAGUCAAGCUCGAUUCCGAGAUCCGCGUCACCGAUAAAGCCAACCCACUCGUGGACGACUCUCUCUCCCGAGAUCAGAAAUUGAAAGGAUCCUCAAAUGCACCCACAGAUCGUCCAUCGUUGAUAGAAGAAAUUCCCGAUUUGUCGGAACAGACCACGCAAUCGGAUGCGAUUAAAGAUCCCGAAAUGAACCGGCCGAUCGAUCCAGCUCUGGUUGAAGCACUUGAUCAACUAUCGGAUCCGUUGAUUCCUGUACGAGGACACGGUUUGAUUGUUCUCAGUCGUCUGUUAGAAUCCCGUGAUCCGUGUAUACGCGGUCAUGAGGAACGUAUCUUUCAGGCGUCCUGA